AUGUGGAGACGCAGCGCGGAGCAAAUUGUUCCAGAACUUGAGGCACGGUCUCGCAGAGGGAAGUUUCGCAGUAUUCGCCCGGGUAAAGACACGACAGAGGCCAGACGAUUGGGGGCUUGUGUGGUGCUGGGCAGGCGAGGCGGUACGUGGCUUGCACUCAAUCGCCGUGCCGCAGCAGAGAUGAGUAUAGAUGACAGAAGUGGAGCCAGGGGGGCAGUAGCCGGAAGCGCUUGGCAAGGCGACGUUCUCGACUCUGUCGACGGCCAGGGCGGAUGCAUGACACAGCGGGCCAUGUCGUCACCAGCGCAAGCACAAGCAGCAGCGACAGCAAGAGUCGCACACGCCUCAUGGUGGUCUGGCGGCGGCGAUGGGGAUGAGCCUGGCGAUGAGGGGGGCGCGUAUAAUGCCCUUGGGCGGUUCCUGAUGGCCGGCAAGGAAGAGUGGCCGAUGUGCAGUUGGCCAUGGGCCUGGUUUUGUCAUGACUGCGCAGCGACAGUGACGGCGACGGCUGGUCUGCCGAUGCCACGGUCCAAGGGCUGCUUGUUAUGGCGCCGCUAUGGCAGCGCACCCGCAGUUCCGGCAGUGCAGAGGCUUUUGGACUUGGAGGGUGACGGUGACGGUGACGGUGACGGAGCAGCAGAGGGUGCCAAUCAAGAGGGAGCGGGCGGCAGUGUGAGAGGGAGUGUCAGUGCCAAUGCCAGUGCCAGUGCCAGUGCCAGUGACAGUGACAGUGCCGUCAGUCAGUCCGUCAAUCAAUCAAUCAGUCAGUCAGUCAGUCAGUCCGUCAGUCAGCCGGGUGGUGUGCGCCGUGGCCAGCUCACACCUGCAGCGCAAAUGGAGGUGAGACGGACGGGCGCUGUGUGGGCGGGCGAGUCAGGGCACGUCAGAGGCCGACAAGACACCACGUCCGUCCGUCCACGUCCCCUGGCACCCAGGCUAAUUCUGACCGUCCACGUUUUCUGGCGGUGCCCACUUCUUCGACAUGCACGCGCUAGCUCCAAACCGCCAGCGACGUCGAGUGGGGAGCUCCGGGCUGCUGAUGCAGCUGGCGUCGACUAG